AAAUUCUCACAGAAGAAUCGACUCAAGAGAUAAGUCGAGGUUUAAAAGUAGUUGAAGAAGCUGGUUAUAGCAUCUCAGUGAAAGUCGGUGUGCCAGAAGUUCCAGCAUUGCCGAAAUCCGAAACAGAAGAUAUAUCUAGUUCUGUUACUGAAGAACUUGCAGAUAACAAAUCGAAAUCAAUAGAACCUGGUUCAAGUGAGAAGGCUACACAAGCCGCCAUGCAAACAAAAAUAUCUACCACUACUCACAGCUAA